UCUAGAAUUGAACCUCCUCAAAGUGUCUCUUUGGCCAAUGGAUACACAAUUAAAGGACCAGCCUCACCUUCAGCAUUUCCGGCCAUUGCUCUUAUCAUAGACAUGGUCAUAGAUCGCUACCAUAAUCACUCCGAUAUUUCUGUGGACAUUGAUUUCUUGAAAGAUCUGCUCGAUGCACAACGUCUGGGUCUGAUGGAAUUGGAGCAGAUAGAAACGUUGGAAGAACGUCGAAAUAAUUCCUCAAAUGGCUCAGGAGAGGAAGAUGAUUCUCAAGGCAUCGACAUCAAUGGAUUGCUAUGGAAACUGGUAAGAGUUAGUUCUGUGUGA